AUGUCACUGCCCCUACUCGCCAUCAAGUGCAUUAGCAGCAAGCAGCGCGGGGCUCACCCAGAGGCAGAGCGGGAAGCAAUAUCCGGUAGAGCUACACCACCCCAGUCAACCAUCACGCUUAGGACAAUGCAAGGAUCCGAAUUUGACGGUUUGGCGAAGGAAGCAAAGCAAGGAGGGGCAGUGCUGUUUAUCUCAAGGCAUAUUUAUCUUCGUUUUAAAGCCCGUCGAGAAGCUGAGGAUCCCGGGGAUCGAGAAUGUCAGGCAUUGGGCUUAGGCGGACAGACCAAUCACAAGAGCUGCGUGUCUGAAAGAGAGGUCAAAUCAACAUCAAGGAACAUGGACAAAUUCAAGGUGAAUGAUGCCCAUUUUUGGUGA